CGGCCGCGCGGGGUCGAGGAGCAGAGCCGGGCGCCUCCUGCCCGACGCCUCCGAGGCGAGGCCGCCCGCGUCCCGCCGAUCCGGGCGGAGGACUCCCUGCCCUCUGGGGCUGUCCGGUCCCGGGGCAGCGCGGUGGACCGGGCGGGGGCGACACUAGAAGCGAGCCCGCAGCAGCUGUGCCCGGCCCGGCCCGGCCUCCGGCGCCGGCCUCUCCGCACUCCGCUUCCCCGCCGGCGGCCGGGUUUGCACCGGAGGGAUCCGCGCGCCCGACCGUUGGUCCCCUGAGCGUCGGAAGCGCGGGCCCCGGGCCCCGGGCCCCGAGCCCCGUCUAAACAAAUCACCUGUCAGAAGAUUUUCGUCCAAAUAUCAGCAGCGAAGCUCUCAGCGCACAGUGUGGGUGUGAGCUGACUGGUGGCCUGCUGUCGCAGGCUGCUCUCCGGGACAUCAUGUCCAGUUUUGAGGAUGCUGACACGGAGGAGACAGUCACUUGUCUCCAGCUGACUGUUUACCAUCCCAGCCAGUUGCAGAGGGGAAUUUUUCAAUCAAUCAAUUUUUCCAAGAGGGAGAAACUCCCUUCCAGUGAAGUGGUGAAAUUUGGACGCAAUUCCAGCACCUGUCAUUAUAUUUUCCAGGACAAGCAGGCAUCCAGAGUGCAGUUUUCUUUGCAUCCGUUUAAGCACUUCAAUAGUUCCGUUCUUUCCUUUGAGAUUAAAAAUCUGAGCAGGAAGACCAGCUUGAUUGUGGACAGCCAGGAGCUGGGCUACCUCAACAAGAUGCACCUGCCCUACCGGUGCAUGGUCCGGUUCGGGGAGUACCAGUUCCUGCUGGAGAAGGAAGAUGGGGAGUCCUUGGAGUCUUUUGAAACCCAGUUUAUUUCUUCCCCAAGACCCCUCCUGCAAGAAAUCAGCUGGCCAGCACAGAGCCCCGUGCCGGAGGACGGCCACUUCUCAUCUGGCUCCACGCAGAGCUCUUUCCCCACAGAAAUGGAUGAAAAUGAGUGGUGAGCCCGGGGUCUGAGGCGACGUCGAGAGCUGGCGUCUGUCACGCUGAGCAGGAAGUCUGAGAGUGGCCCGCCGGGCGGCCCGUUGCAUUGCUGGUCUCCGAGGACGCGCACAUCUGCAAGGGGCGGGAGCUGCGUUGUUAGGGUUGUGCCUUCUGCUGCUGCUGCAUUCGGCCUCCGUCCCCGCCCAUCUCUUCGUGUUGUCUCAGAGCAGCCCCUGGUUUCCAGAGCCGCUCUGGGGUGGCGCCUGCAGCUCUGUAUCACAGCGGCUCACUGGGAGACUGCUUGAGAAGUCCGUAAUUUUCACUGUGGAAUGAUAGAGCUUAUCCCUAAACUGACAUCUCUUCUAGGCUCUCUUCAGUACCUAAAACUAAUACUUAAACAUUGUAAAGAACCACUUUGACUAGGAUUAUUUUCUUACCAAAUUUGAUUUUUGUGUUUUACAUAACUUUAAAAUUUCAUGAAUUCAAUUUUUAACAUCCAGGCACAUAAUAAAGUUAAAGUUUAAUUGCUUAUCCCUCUGUUUCUAAUGGGGCUCUAUGUAAGUAAAUGUGAAUAUUUAUAAUACAUGCUUAAAUAUUUCUAAAAGUUUAGCUUCUAAUACAGUUGUCUUUAAAAGAUUCUCACUCAACUAAUUUUUGUGAAGUUAAAAUGAAUAUUACUGAUUGCUACAUAAAUAAGAAUGAUUAUACUUCAGUUAUGUUGAGUUCUAGCACUAGCAGUGAAGCUGCCUGUAUAAUUUUCCAAGUAAAUUGAAUUUUCUGCUUACUAUAAGAAAUCCAUCUUCUUUUGAAACAAACAAACAAACAAACUAAAAUUUGGUAACAACCUUUCUAAAAUAAGUUAAUAAACUUCCCAGCCUCUUAACCAAAUGAAUGUUAGCCCCAGUAAAUCUUUUAUAUGUAUAUAUUUUCUUGUUUGUUUUGCUUUUGCAGACAGGGUCUCACUGUGUAGUGCAGGCUGGCUUUGAACUCACUGUGUAGCCCAGGCUGGUCUGGAAUUUGUAGUGCUCCUCCUGCCUCCACCUCCCAAGAGCUGGGAUCGUGGGUGUGGGUCACCAUGCCCGGCAGCCUUUUCUUUUUUCUUUUUUUGGUACUGGGGAUCGAACUCGGGUCUUUUACCUUUUCUUGAUUCAGACAAUCGGGCUCCCAGGCUGUACGUGUGACAUCUGCCCCUCAGCCUCCCUCUCCCAUCCGGGACUGCUCAUUCCUAUGCACAGUGGCCUGGAUGACAGACACUUCUGGGUCUAAGUCUGGCCUCCUGGCCUCUUCCUGGGUAGGCAGAGGAUAGCUGGCCUCCCCAGCAGCAUCCAGGUGUUCCUGUGCCAACCUCUAGCACCCAGCGCAGUGUCUCCCAGAGAGGGGAAUUAGGGCUGUGCUGGGCUCAGUGCUGCUCCUCAGUCGACCUUGAAACUGAGCGGCCACCCUGGCUGAUGUGGACCAGCCAAGCCCAUGGUCUUUGAAGCGGGAGAGGCCGAAGGAGAUGUCAGCAUGAAGCGUGAUGAAGACUGAGCUGCUGCGCAGACUCUGGAGACAGGAGGGAGGCUGGGGCCAGAGUGCGGGCCACUUCCGAGCUGGAAAAUGUGCCAGGACCUUGGGACACUGGGGGAGACCGAGCCCCAACAGGAGGCUGAGUCUGCCAGACUCCAGUCAGGGAGGCCUGGGUUCCGGGUCUAAGAUGAUACAGUAUGUUGUUUUGUGCCACGAACCUGCAGCAGUUUGUUGACGCAGGAUUAGGAAACUAAUAGUCCCUCCUAGCAUGGUAGCCUCCUGCUUGAGGGUUUACAAACCAGACCACCCAGCUUGUCAGAAUUGCUUAUGGCAGAGUUUCUCCUUAGAGGCUGCUGGUGAGAGAAGAGAAUGUAUGUUAAUGUGUAGGUAGUGUCACACUUUGGAAGAAUUUUCACUUCUGUUUCUUGUCUUUGAGGCUGGAUUACUGAUUAAAUUACAAAGUUUUAAUAUUAA